GUUCUAAUUUCUCAUAAAGCUCUAACCUUUUUGCUUUGGGUUGUAAUGAUAUCAUGUAUGUUUUGAUAAAUUUGCUUGAUGUAUUAUUGAUGGUUAAUUUGGAGCUAUAGGAUUGUUCUACCUGGUUGUGGUUCUUAGUGCAGAAAUGCCAUGGUUUUUCAGGAUGGUAAGAGUAAAAAAGAAGUUGUCUUUCCUUGGUUCUUGGUCGGAAACAAAAACAAAACUAAAAAAGAAGCAAACUUUGUGUAGUUGUUCUGUAUGCUUUUUCAUGAUAGUUUAUCUGUGGGAGUUCUGUGAAUUUAGUUUUUAUGGUAAAGCUUCGAGAUUUGUGAUUUGUCUAGAACUUGGGUUUCCUGGACUUUCCUGUGAUGUCAGAUUGUUGCUGUUGGGAAUUUAUUGAAAUAUGUAUUAUCAUUCAGCAUUCAGUUGCAUCUAAAUUUCUCAGCGAAUUAUUGAUAUCUCAGAUAAGAAUACAGACACCAUUUUUGUGAGCUCUUAGUUGCUAAAGGGAAAUGGAGGGUGGUCUGAGAGGUGACGGAACAGAAGAGCUUAAGGGUCUUCGAAUCACCUCACUGGAUGAUGAGAGUGAUGAAGAAGAACUACAACAGAAAGAAGAAAUUGUUGUAGAUGAUGAUGAGGAGGAAGAGGAAGAAGAUGAAGAAGCAAGAGAUUCUGUGGUUUUAGGUUUUGUGAAAAGGCCCAAAAAAGCCAGCUCUCUUCUACGCCAUUUCUUCCCUUCAAAGGCUGGAGGAGUUCCUGCUUGGUUGGAUCCAGAAAAUUUGCCAUCCGGAAGAUCGUGUCUUUGUGAUCUAUGUGGUGAACCUUUGCAAUUUAUGCUUCAGGUGUAUGCACCAGAGGAGAAGCCAUCCACAUUUCAUCGAACAUUGUUUGUUUUUAUGUGUACGUCAAUGGCGUGUCUUCGUCGAGAUCAACAUGAGCAAUGGAAAUGCCAUCGGGACAACCCUUCCAGAAGUGUGAAGGUUUUCCGCUGCCAAUUACCUCGUGAUAAUCCUUUCUACCCAAGUGAGCCCCCAAAGAAGGGUACUGAGCCUCCAUUGGCUAGAGCUGCACUCUGCAAUUGGUGUGGUACCUGGAAAGGGAUUAAACGCUGUACUGGUUGCAGACAAACACUUUAUUGCUCAGAGAAACAUUGGGUCAAGCAUUCCCGCUCCGGUCAUGAAUCUGACUGUCAGCGUAUGAGGAUAAGUUCUCAGUUGGUUGAAGGUAGCUCUGCUACCGCUGAAAACCCUUCUUCUGUAGUCCAGAAAGUUGCAAGCAAAGCUUUAUGGCCUGAAUACAAGAUCAUACAGGAGUUUGAAAGUGCUUAUGACACACGGAUGCCUGAUGAUAAUGUGAAUGCUAACUCCAUGGUCUCUAGGAACCAGAUGGAUGAUGGAUUGAUGUCAAUAGCAGACAAUUUCGCGGGUGAUGGUGAGAAAAAGAGCUGGGCCUCAUUUCAAGAGCGAAUAGACCUGGCCCCUGAACAAGUAUUAAGGUAUUGUAGGAGUUCUGGUGCUAAACCCCUAUGGCCCCUGACUAGCGGCCGACCAUCAAAGGCUGACAUUCCUAAAUGCCAUUAUUGUGAUGGUCCAUUGUGUUUUGAAUUUCAGAUUUUGCCUCAGUUGCUAUAUUACUUUCAUGUGAAGAAUGAUGCAGACUCUCUUGAUUGGGCUACAAUUGUUGUGUAUACAUGUGAAGCCUCUUGUGAUGCCAGUGUGGCGUACAAAGAAGAAUUUGCUUGGGUCCAAAUUUCUUAGCUCUCUACCCAGAUGCUUUGGUACCCAGAGAUGAGAUAUAGAUAUUGACUUUUUGCUACUGUUUGUUUGUUUUUUUUUUUUUUUUAAUCCUUGAAUGACGAAUGUCAUACCUUUUGUCUUGAUCUCAGUGAUAAGAUGUUGAUGGAUAUUGAUAGUGCUUAAAAAGAAGAAUUUGCUUGGGUCCAAUUAUGGUACCCAUCAGCUCUCUUUCCAUA